GCGGCGCCGGCUGGAGACGGGCGAGCCGGGACCGGGAGCGGAGCGGGCCACGCGGCGGCCGGUGGAUCCUGCAGCCGGGCUCCCCCCCCCCCCCUCACCCCGCAUCCGCUGCGCCCCGGGGCCGGGGCGAUGCCGAGCAACCCGCGGGCGGCCGCGGCCGGGCAGCCCCGUGGAACGCGGAGACGCUGAAAAUUGUUACAUCGCGUUCGGAAGUUGGAAUCCGGGGCGCGGCGGAGCCCGCGCGGGGAGCUGCUGCUGGGGCGCCGCUGACCUCUGCCCCGCCCGGCCUUGUAUGGACUGUACUGCUCGCCCGCAGCCAUGGGGAAAAUGCUGUCCAAGAUCUUCGGCAAUAAGGAGAUGCGGAUUCUGAUGCUAGGCCUGGACGCGGCUGGCAAGACCACCAUCCUUUACAAGCUGAAGCUGGGCCAGUCGGUCACCACCAUCCCCACCGUGGGCUUCAACGUGGAGACGGUGACCUACAAGAACGUCAAGUUCAACGUCUGGGACGUGGGGGGCCAGGACAAGAUCCGGCCCCUCUGGAGACACUACUACACAGGUACCCAGGGGCUCAUCUUCGUGGUGGACUGCGCCGAUCGCGACCGGAUCGACGAAGGCCGGCAGGAGCUGCACCGCAUCAUUAACGACCGGGAGAUGCGGGACGCCAUCAUCCUCAUCUUCGCCAACAAGCAGGACCUGCCCGACGCCAUGAAGCCCCACGAAAUCCAGGAGAAACUGGGACUGACGCGCAUUAGGGACAGGAAUUGGUACGUCCAGCCCUCGUGCGCGACAUCCGGGGAAGGACUCUGCGAAGGUCUGAUGUGGCUGACAUCCAAUUACAAAUCCUAAUCCUGGCUUUUUAUACCCACGCACGAGUCUCUAACCAGUGAAACCUUAUUCAACCCCCCACCACCCCUAUAGCCCCAUCCUCCCUCACUCAUCUGUUUGUCUCUCUCUCUCAAAAUUGCUGGUGGGGUGGGACUGGAUCCCUGCUAUGGUACCUUGGCACCCACCCCCUAAAAUGGGGGCCUAGAUUGUCAUGAAUGCUUUUUUUGGGGGGGGGGGGGCUCUUUAGAUCUGAAUGCAGGCCACUUAGCCUUUUUUUCCCUUGUUUCUGAUUGUAAAUCCUGUAGAGUUUAUUAUUUAAUAACUUGGGAAGCAGGGGAUGGGUGUAAACUCCUCCUCCUCCCUCCCCUCCAGCUGUGUUCACAGCAGGGCAAAUCAUCUGGUGCUACUGGUGUGCCCUCACCAGCAGCCCUUCUCACCUGCGGUUCAUGGAAUCCAUCCCUGUCCUUAUGUCCUGGCGGUUUCCAGAACCAGUCGAGGGGUGGGGCGGGUGUUGGAGAGUUCUUAUACUAGGCACUUACGAUUUUGGCAUUGGGAGGGCAGGUUUAUGGGGUCCCCCGUCCAGCUUCCCAAUAACCCACGAUUAUAAGAACGUCUGUGUCUGUUGGGAGUGACAGCUGUGUGCCCCGAUCAAACUAAAACUCGGUUGAUCCUUAUUUAUCCCCGUGCCCGGCCAUUCUUCUCUGCCAGCGACCCAGCCCAGGUGAGGCGUAAGGGCUGCCCCCCGUGUGGGAGGGGGCUGGGCCCUGCACGCCUUGGUGACUAGCUCAGCCUGGCGGGAGGAGGGCUGGCAUCCUGGGGAGACGCAGACACGCCCACAGGUCUCCUCCCAAACCAGUUUCCCCGGCGGCACGUGGGCGGGGAGAAUCAAAGAAGCCCAUUCAUCAGAGCCACCUUAGAGGAGUGGCUCUCCCGCGACUCCUGGGACUACCUGUCCUUGCCGGCUGGCGGUCCUGUUUGUGGGGAAGGCGGCCGUGCGCCGGGUGCAAAUCCAGGGGGCGUCAGUCUCCUGGGAUGUCCUCGGAUGGGGCCCAGCUGGGAUGGUCGUUAACCUGCGGGUGUGGCUGCACCCUUUCCCCGGGACUCAUUCAAAGCUCUGUCCUUUGCUGAGCUGUAGGCUGGAAUCCGCAGGGGGGUUCCUUGGUAAAUGUUUCUCAUCCAUCUCCUCACCCCCAGCUUCUCUAUUGGGGUACAGGUGUCGUCCCCCCCUCCCUGCAUGGGCUCCCAGGCCAUCUGCCCGUAGAGCCCUCCCGGUCUGUGACCAUCCCAGGCCUGGGCUGCCAGUACCCCAGGGCUCCGCUGAAGCCAAGCGAGGGGAUCCUGAUGGGAAUGUUUGGGGGAGGGGACCCCCUUAGUCUCAGGGAUAUGUCUUCACUUCCUAUGGAUGGGGUAUCCCCACGGCAAAGGCAGGAGGGGUCGGUGUGCCUAGAGCCAGAGCCCCACCACAUCGGGGUCCACAACGGGGUCCCCAUGGUUGGGGAAAGUUGUGUCUCUAGUUUCAGCCGGGAGGAAGGGAAGUGGCACUUGCCUCCAGCUGUUGGCCUGGCCCCUCUUCCCGUGGGAUGAUGGGCUCUGCCCCCCAGCUCCUCCCCUGCUCUGUCCUCUUAGCAUCCUCCUCCUGCCCCACAAGGUGGCAGGGGCUGGUUGCCAAGGAAACCGCAUCCAGCAGAGGCGGCUGAUCCUGGUGGAAGGGGGAUGCAGACGUGCACCAACAGCGGUGGUAGCACCAUGUGGUGAGGGCCCUGUCCUUCCUCGGGGGGGCGGGAAAUCCACUCAGAGAUUGCAGGACCUAGUGCAAAGCGGCCGUGCCAAGCUGGAGCUGUUCCCCCUCCCUCUAACCCUCUCACACGCACAGCACUUCUCCCCUGGUCCGUGGGCCCUUCUCUCGCUCUUUGGGGAGGCGGGCGGGGCGAAGCCGCCACCGUGAGAAACCUGCUAGACGAGGGCGUGGAUUUAAACUCCCUUUUCCCUUCCCUGCGUGGGUGCUGCUCCAGCCAAACCCAGCGCUGCAAUGAGUUUGCGUGGCCUCUGCCCACCCCACCCGAGGCCUGUUCUCACCCCCCCCUUGCCACACACCUCCACUGAGAUGCGCCAUCCCACCCUGCCAGGACCCCGCUGCCGUGGCUUUGAGCAGGGACCGGUCUGGGAAGGCAUCUUCCUAGAGCCGUGUUCCCCGCAUCCCCUCCUGAUCUCCGAGUCCUGUGGGCAACCCUGGAGGGAAAUCACACACCACCCUCCCUGCAGCCGGGCUCCCAACCUACUCCUUGGGUGUGCCCCUCCUGGGAACGAAUGAAUCAUCACUAGGAAAAGGGGCGGUGCCCUUCUCCCCCUCGGGUGUCUGAGCCUAAUUACCAAGGAGUCCGCGCCAGGCGGGCCCUGGCAGCCCCAGAGCCACCCGCCUGUGGCGUGGUCCCCGCCGAGGCUUGGCCUUGUAGACUUUGUCCCUGCCUCUCGCUCGAAACCGGCUCGGCCACGCGGAGCAGGGCACAGGGCGUGUGCUGACUCCCUCCCUUUGGGGCGAGGGGAGACUAGCCGCUGGCCUGAUGCUGCCGCUGGCCUUAAGCCUUCCACCAUUGCCUUUCAUGGGGGGGUGGGGAGGAUGCUAGCCGUGUGGACUAGCACUUAACAGGUGUGCUUGUUGGCGGAGAUGAGGAUGACGCAAUAGAAGCGAUGCACGUGGCGGUGCCAGUUCCGCCGUGGGGCUAGAGGCGAGUGUCUGGUAGGCAGAUUUGGGAGCAGAUUUCCUUGAACAUUCCAGCUUAGCACGUGUAUCUUUCCUUUUGCUUCCCCCCUUCCAAAAUCCCCCCUCUGCCACCGGCACCCCCUAGUCGCACCGGUUUGCUCCUGCUCCCUGCAGAAAUGAAGCCGGGUGAGGGCUGCGUGCGUGAUUGAUGAGACUCUGCGGCUCUUGUUUGUUGUUUACGGCGGGACGGCUGUGAUUCUUGGGGCAGGCUCGUCUUCCUGCAGAAAAAAAGAAACGGCUCGUUCCCCUCCCCUCCUGCGUCUCGUACAGGGUGAGCAGGCGAAAGCACUUAAAAGUCUAGGCGUGCGUCUGGCAUGAGCAGCUUCUACCAUAGGGGUGACUGCAGAGCAUGAGUCCCAUGUACUCUUCCUCCAGACUCGGCCGAUCGGCCAUGUUAACGGUGCGUGCCCACUUUUCCAGCCUGGAUUCCAGAGGCGCAGAAGUCUCUGCGUGUGGGGGCUGCACCGGCCCUACACAUUUACCAGAAGCUGCUGGCAGGGUGGUGUCAUAAGUCUGUUUCCACUCACUGGUUGGGGCCGUUAGUAAGCGUCUCCUCAUUACACAGACGUUCAUCUCAAGUGUGUGUGUGUGUGUACGUCCACUGGCAUGGGAGCUGAUUCUGCUGCGCGGUGGGUGGCCACCUCAUCUCCCUGUAAUUCUGCAUCGGGUUUGGUUCUGGUCCAGAGCCGGUGGAGCGUUUACCUUCCCAGUGUGAGGUGGGGAUGAGGAGGGGCUGUCUAAAACCUUCCUCCCGAAGGGGAGCGAAUUGGAGACUCUUGUGCCUUUACUGAAGUGCCACUGUUGCUUAAAGGAAAACGAAGGUACUUUAAGAGUAAGAUGUGCUCAGAUCCGCCGGGGGCUGUAAUCUGCUUGGGGAGAUGCUACACAGGGGAGGUAUUCUCUGCCUAUUGUACAUGUAAACUGGGAAGAUUUAGCAUCUCCUAUUUUUUCUUUGGUAAAUUUCUCCCUGCAGCCGGAGACUCGGCGAGUGCAGUGUGUUUCAAAGGGCUCAUUAUGUUCGAACUGUGUUUUGGGGGUUUUUUUAAAGGUGUUUUUUUUUCUUUCUAAUCUUUAUGCAAAUGAAAAUCUUUUUUAAAAAUCGUA